AACAUGAACCCUACCCAGUAUUAUUUUUCAUUUUACAGGAGCUUUGACAUGGCUCUUGCAGGUAUCCUGACAGAAGCUGAAAUUGCUGCUGGCCUACAGAGCUGUCAAGCCACUGAUUCAUUUGAUUACAAGACCUUUUUUGUCAAAGUGGGUCUCAACUCCAAGUCCAAAGACCAGCUCGCUCAAGUCUUUGGAAUUCUUGACCAGGAUAGGAGUGGCUUCAUUGAGGAAAAUGAACUGAAGCUUUUCCUGCAGAAUUUCUCAGCCAGUGCCAGAGCUCUGACUGAUGCUGAGACCAAGGCAUUCCUGGCAGCAGGUGACAGUGACGGAGAUGGUAAAAUUGGAGUGGAUGAGUUUCAAGCCCUGGUCAAAUCUUAA